CGCUGCCUCGCCGCUCUCGGGCUCGGGUCUGGGGCGCCGAGGUAGAGCAGGCGGCUGCGCGGCUGGAUCGCUGCGGGCAGGGCUGCAUCGGUUGCUUUCUGCAGCCGCGUCUCCGCCUGCUCCCCUCGUCGUCCCAGGGUCGUUGUGCGUGUCCAGUCCGGGACCCAAGCAGCCGGCCAUAGCGGCCGGCCGGAUCCGCGUCCCGCCUCAACGCCCGGAGGACAUGCUGGAGAGAGAAUGAGCCAGAGAGACACGCUGGUGCAUCUGUUUGCCGGGGGAUGUGGUGGUACAGUGGGAGCUAUUCUGACAUGUCCACUGGAAGUUGUAAAAACACGACUGCAGUCAUCUUCUGUGACGCUUUAUAUCUCUGAAGUUCAUUUGAACACAAUGGCUGGAGCCAGUGUCAACCGAGUAGUGUCUCCUGGACCUCUCCAUUGCCUAAAAGUGAUCUUGGAAAAAGAAGGGCCUCGUUCCUUGUUCAGAGGAUUGGGCCCCAAUUUAGUGGGGGUGGCCCCUUCCAGAGCAAUAUACUUUGCUGCUUAUUCAAACUGCAAGGAAAAGUUGAAUGGUGUAUUUGAUCCUGAUUCCACCCAGGUACACAUGAUUUCAGCUGCAAUGGCAGGUUUUACUGCAAUCACGGCAACCAACCCCAUUUGGCUUAUAAAGACUCGGUUACAGCUGGAUGCAAGGAACCGUGGGGAAAAGCGAAUGGGUGCUUUUGAAUGUGUUCGUAAAGUGUAUCAGACAGAUGGACUUAGAGGAUUUUAUAGGGGCAUGUCUGCUUCAUAUGCUGGCAUAUCAGAGACUGUAAUUCAUUUUGUUAUAUAUGAAAGUAUAAAGCAAAAACUACUGGAAUAUAAAAUUGCUUCUACAAUGGAAAAUGAAGAAGAGUCUGUGAAAGAAGCAUCAGAUUUUGUGGGAAUGAUGCUAGCGGCUGCCACGUCAAAAACUUGUGCCACAACUAUAGCAUAUCCACAUGAAGUUAUAAGAACUAGACUACGUGAAGAGGGAACAAAAUAUAGAUCUUUCUUUCAGACACUGUCUUUGGUUGUUCAAGAAGAAGGUUAUGGAUCUCUUUACCGUGGUCUAACAACUCAUCUGGUGAGACAGAUUCCAAACACAGCCAUCAUGAUGGCCACCUAUGAAUUGGUGGUCUACCUACUCAAUGGAUAGUAGCACAUAGGGCUGCUGUACUACAAAGAGGGGAGACCAAAAGAUGACAGUGGACCAUGGAAUAUCGAAGCCAGCCUGGUGGACAGAAGAAAAAUAGUUUGGGAACACAUAGCUGUGCUUAAGUGGAAGUUUGGUUGUAGGAAUUAAAGUAAUCAUACCACAUUACUUGGUCUUUCAGUAAUGUGAA